UUGAUAGCUUAGAUUGAUGUAAACAGAACAGCACAGGAGUAAGUAACUGUUAGCGGUUUCAUGGUUUCUGGUGAAAUCAUCUCAGAUAUGGAACGAAGACAGUCUUGCUAUAUGAAUGCUUAUUUUGACCUAGUGGAACAGUCCUGCAUGUGGCUGGGCCUGUAAGCCUGCGCUGUGUUGAGCAAGACGCCUGAGCCGGGCGGGGUUCUGGGGCCGCUUCCCACACGCCAGCCCACGCUCCCCAGAAACGUGUUUUCCCUAUGCUAACCCUUCUGAGCAUGUUUUACUAUAUUUGUCUGCGGCGCCGGUCCAGGAGCGGGACCCGGGGCGAGGCCCUGAGCAGCCGACGGGCUGUGGAGUCGGGUCAGCGGGCCGCCCUGCCCGUCAGUGUGGAGGUGGAGCAAUAUGCCAAAGAGGUGCUUGACUUCAGCUCCCACUACGGCAGUGAGAACAGCAUGUCAUACACCAUGUGGAACCUGGCCGGCAGUCCCAACGUCUAUCCCAGCUCCGGGGACUUCACCCAGACAGCUGUGUUCCGAGCCUAUGGCACAUGGUGGGAGCAGUGUGCCAGCGCUCCACCGCCAUUCCGCCGCACGCCCAAGUCCUUCCACAGUCAGGAUUACAUUGAGCUGGCCUUUGAAGAACCCGUCUACCCCACGGCGGUGGAGGUGUUGGAGACCUACCACCCAGGGGCCAUUGUCCAGAUCAUGGCCUGCUCCCUCAACCCUUUCUCCCAGAACCCUCCCGCGGAUGUCAGGUGGGAGGUACUGUGGGCUGGGGAGCCCACCAAGGUGCUGACCCCCCAGGCCAGGCAGUUCUCUCCCAGCAUCAAGCAGCUGAGCUUCCCCACCAACCUGAUCCGCUUGGAGGCCAACAGCUCCCUGCUGAAGUACUACACGGAGCUGGAUGCUGUAAUCCUCCGCGGCCAGAGGGAGAGGCCUAUUCUGUCCCUCUACAAGAUGCCCAGGAUCGACAUUUGUGACCUUAGUGACAGUGACGAUGAGCUGUUAGACCCGGGAGCCUCUUUCAGACAGACUGGAGAUGGAAAGCACAUGAACCUUGGAAAUGGAUACUUUGACAGAUUGCCCUAUGAGUUGAUCCAGCUGAUAGUGAGCCACCUGACCCUGCCAGACCUUUGUCGGCUGGCCCAGACCUGUAAGCUCUUCCACCAGCAUUGCUCUGACCCCCUGCAGUACACCCAACUGAGCCUCCAGCCCUACUGGGCGCGUCUCAACGACACAUCCCUGGGCUAUCUGCAGAGCCGCUGCACCCUCCUCCAGAGGCUCAACCUCUCCUGGACCGGCAGCCGGGGAGCCCUCACCUUCUCUGGGUUUAGCAGCUUCAUGAAGGUGUGUGGCGGUAACCUGGUGUGUCUGGAGCUGUCGUGUUGUCACUUCCUGAAUGAGGCGUGCCUGGAGGUCAUCUCGCAGACGUGUCCUGGGCUGCAGGAGCUCAACCUGUCUUCAUGCGACCGCCUGCACCACCAGGCCUUCAUGCACAUUUCAAAAUUGACUCGCCUACGACGUCUAGUGCUCUAUCGCACCAAGAUAGAGCAAACAGCCAUGUUGAGCAUCCUAACCUUCUGUACUGAACUGAGACACCUAAAUCUUGGAAGCUGUGUGAUGAUUGAGGACUAUGACGUAGUGGUCAGCAUGCUGGCUGUUCGCUGCCGCUUGCUGCGCUCCCUGGACCUGUGGCGCUGCAGGAACCUGACGGAGCGCGGCUUGGCCGAGCUGGCUGUGGGCUGCAGACUCCUGGAGGAGCUUGACCUGGGCUGGUGCUCCACGCUGCAGAGCAGUUCGGGCUGUUUUCAGCACCUGGCCCGCAACCUACCGCGCCUAAGAAAACUGUUCCUCACUGCCAACCGCACUGUGUGCGACUCAGACAUCGAGGAACUGGCCGCCAACUGCCCGGCCCUGCAACACCUCGACAUACUGGGCACCCGCAUGGUAAGCUCCUCCUCCCUGCGGAAGCUGCUGCAGGCGUGUCCUAAGCUCCUCCUCUUGGACGUGUCCUUCUGCUCCCAGGUGGAUGCCCGCAUCGUCCAAGAGCUCUCUGGGCUCUUCCCCAAUGUGGCCAUCAAGAAGAGCUUCACCCAGUGACCUAACCCAGUGCCCUCCUCACACGGGGAUGGGCGCCAGUUUAGGCAAGCGGGGGACAGGCAGAAUUGUAAUGGAUGCCCGCUGGGUAGAAUGAAUGGGCCUGAGGACUACUGUAAUCUGGAACGAUUGAGUUGCCAAAUGUGACAGACUGUUUUUGAUAGGCAAAAGGUUUGAAAUCAGGGUCACCAUUGCCAAAGCCACUACAUUUGAUUGUCUGUCCGCUUCGUAACUGACACUUCUGGUAGUAGCUGAUUGUUAACUAUCUGACAUCAAUAUUUCAUUUAUCUGACACUUAUGACGACUUACAUAUAUUAUUGAUUGCAUAAAGUUAGUACCAAUUGUACUUUUGAAAAGUUCUUGGUUACAGGUGGAUUAAUGAACCAAUGGGAAACUAGCCAAUGGGGAAACUAGAGAAGACUAGGUGGACCUGAUUAUAUGUGGAACGAUUGGACAUUUUGCCAGGACACUGGUUAGCACACCUACUCUUGCGAUGUGUGCCAUGGGGUCUUUACUGACCACAAAGAGUUAUGACACCUGUUUAACUUCCCAUCUGAAAGAAGGCACUCUACGCAGGGCAAUGUUCCUUUGACUGCCCUGGGGUAUUGGGAUUUGAUCUUUUGACCAAAGGAAAGAAUACUCCCCUACCAGCCCUCUAACAUCAGUUCCAGCAGUAUCUGGUCUCCCACUGCAAGCUGGCAGUGGGAUGAAGGGUGCUAUGCAUCUGAAUCUGAAAUCUCAGGGUUUUUAUUUUGUCUAUUUAUGUUGUUUAAUUUUAUUGUUUUCUUCAGAAACCAGCUUAGAAGCCUUCUUUUCUCUUGAAAGGAACAUGUGACGGAGUCCUGUUUGGUUUCCACUGCCCCACUCAACUAAAAUCUACAGCGGUUCAGAAACAAUUGGCAGUGUUGCUCAGACUACAAAGUUGCAUACUUGAUUUUGGCUAUUGUACAAAUUGUAAAAUGAUAUUGCUAUACUUAAUUAUUUAUUGAUCUAGUUAUAUAUUACUGCACAGCUCCUUGUGAUGGAAGUGUGACAAAAUUAAUUUAUGUUAAAGGUCGACUGCGGCCAUGGGAAAUCUGUCAAAAUCAGCCUCUUAAUUUUACAACAGGCACAAGGUUCGUCUUUGGUGUGAAUAGAUUUUUCCUCAUCAGUAUCCGCAAAAUAGCCCAUAAUGACUAAGGAAAGAUAGGUUUUUAGAAAUGCUUGCAAAAUUAAGAAAAACUGAUAUCACAUUUACAUAAGUAUUCAGAACACUUUUCUCAGUACUUUGUUGAAGCACCUUUGGCAGCAAUUACAGCCUAAAAUAUUUUUGGGUAUGACAAUACAUGCGUGGCACACCUAUAUUUGGGGAGUUUCCCCCAUUGUUCUCUGCACAUCCUCUCAAGCUCAGUCAGGUUGGAUGGGUAAUGUUGCUGCACAGCCAUUUUCAGGUCUCUCCAGAAAUGUUGUAUCGGGUUCAACUCCAGCCUCUGGCUGGGCCACUCAAGGACAUGUCCCAAAGCCACUUCUGUGUUAUCUUGGUUAUGGGCGUUGGGUCGUUGUCCUGAGUAGUCUGGAGCAGGGUUUUGUCAAAGAUCUGUCUGUACUUCACUCUGUUUGUCUUUCCUAUGAUCCUGACUAGUUUCCCAGUCCCUGCAUUAUGCUGCAACCACCAUGCAUCACCAUAGGGAUGGUAUUGGCCAGGAGAUGUGCGGUGCCUGGUUUCCUCCAGCCAAGACGCUUGGCAUUCAGGCCGAAGAGUUCAAACUUGGUUUCAUCAGACCAGAGAAUAUUGUUUCUCAUUGUCUUAAGUCCUUUCUGUGAUUUUUGCCAAACUCCAAGCGGGUAUCUGGACACUACCAUACAGGCCUGAUUGUUGUAGUGCUGCAAAGAUGGUUGUUCGUCCUUUCCUUUAUUUGUGCCUAGACACAAUGCUAUCUUGGAGCUCUACGGACAGUUUCUUUGACCUCAGCUAUGACUUUAUAUAAGCAGGUUUGUGCCUUUCCAAAUCAUGUCCAAUCAAUUGAAUUUACCACAUUGUUGUGCUCCAAUGAAGUUGCAGAAACAUCUUAAUGAUGAUCAAUGUACCCAGGAUGCUCAAUUUGAGCUCAAUUUCAAGUGUCUUUGCAAAGGAUCUGAAUACUUAUUUAAAUGUGAAUAUCUGAAAACCAAUUUUUUGCUUUGUCAUUUCUUUUGUCAUUAGGCAGUAUUGUGUGUUAUUGUGCGGUAUUGACUGAUGAGGAAAAAGAUACAUUUAAUACAUUUUAAAAUAGGGCUGUAAUGUAAAAAAAUAAUGCAAAAGAUUUUGAAUACUUUCCGAAUGUACUGUAUGUAGACAGCAUUCUUACAGGAUAAUUAUUUUGGACGGAAAUGCAUAGUUCAGUAAUAAAUGGCACACCUCUA